GUAGUCGAGCGACUUGCACUUGCCGCUUCAAGUUUCGAUCAUACCGUUGCGGUCAAUGGUACUACUUCCUCAACCCUGUCCGGUGGUCCCCUUCAACGGCUCGCCGUCAUUACGUCGAUGCUCGCAUCGACGUCCGCUCUCCGAGAUUGGGCGUUGUUGCUAGUCAUCGGGAGUCUCUUUGAAGCAGCACGCAGAGGUUUAUCCUCUUUCUGGAUCUCUCUUGUUGACGCAUUCUUCAUUACGGCCGUGUUCGACGAGAACGACUCUAGCUACCGUGAGUCAUGGUUCGACCAUACCGCUUUGUUCUUAUAUCUGACCCCCGUUUUAGAAUGGAUGUUGGCUUGGCUGUCAAAACAGCCAUCUUGGCGACAUGUGCGACACGUCGAAGUCAGCACGAGCUCGACAUAUUCGGGGCCUAGUUACUCGAACAGGGACUCAAUUUUGAAGGAACCCUCCUAUAAACCGGCAGAAUCGCAAUCGUACACCCUCUGGUACAAAAGUCGUUGGAUGAGGGUCACUCGUGUAUCCGUGUCCAAUCCCGGAGGCUGGUCCAACAGGGAAUCGCUACAGCUGAGAGUCUUCAAUGGGCGUCAAAGGAUUCUCAGUGAGAUAAUUGAUGAAGCUAAGAAAGAUUGGCUUGAAAUGCAGAAGGAUUCCCUUACAGUUUGGGUAUCUAGCAGCGACAACGAUUGGGUCCGGCUUGCUAAGCGGCUCAAGCGUCCUCUUAGCUCGAUUGUACUCGACCCAGGUGUUCAGGAGCUCCUAGUGGAAGAUGCAAAAGACUUCCUUGCCAGCAAGGCCUGGUACCAGGAACGCGGCAUUCCCUUCCGUCGUGGUUAUUUGCUUUACGGUGCUCCUGGAUCGGGAAAGACUUCCAUAAUUCAAGCCAUUGCUGGCGAGUUGUGCCUUGAUGUCUAUGUACUCACUCUCUCGCGUUCCGGGCUCGACGACACAAGUCUUGCUACAUUGUUGUCGGGUUUACCAUCACAAUGUAUCCUCCUCAUGGAGGACAUCGACGCUGCCUUUCACCACGGCCUCAGUCGUGAAUCUGGACCACCAACAGCUACUUCAUCCCCCGAGACCGGAUCUCGUGAUGGGCCAAAUGGACCACCUAAAUCGGGUGACUCUACAAGCAAACUUUCGCUCAGUGGUAUCCUGAACGCCAUAGACGGUAUUACUGCUAACGAAGGUCGCAUUCUGUUUGCGACUACCAAUAAGUACGACGUGCUCGACCCCGCGCUCUGUCGGCCUGGCCGCAUGGACAUUCGUCUCGAGUUUCACCUUGCAAGCAGGUACCAAGCCAGGGAAAUAUUCAAGCAUUUCUUUGCGUCUUCUCCUGUGCAAGCAUCAGAGAAGAAUGAUGUUACUGGUGACGGGGAACCUCAUCUUAUCCAUCUCACAUCAUCCGCCAAGUCUCAAGAAUUGUCUCAGCCGUCAUCGGAGUCCUCUGAGAAAUCUUCACCGUUGCCACCUUUAGUAUACUCUGGGCUUUCCCAUCGUUCACGUGCCCCCAAGCUAUCUGUCAGCGAGCUCUCCGCGCUUGCGGAUCAAUUCGCUGCCAGCGUGCCGGAGCGGCAGUUAACGAUGGCAGCUCUGCAGGGCUAUCUCAUGAUGUACAAGGCAACACCGUUCAAGGCUGUUGCAAACGUUUCCGCUUGGGUUGAGAAGGAACUUGCGGAGAUGAGUCACUAGAUUCAACUCAAUUGUCGCAAAUUUAUUUGGUCCAUUGUCACGUGCCCCCAUUGUAAGCAGCAUGUAAUGGACCACUUGCCAUUAUAAUGGUCAGGUUUGGCUAGAUUAUAGCAAAUAUGUGAUAUUUUAUCUAAGAUAUAGUGCAAAUGUGUAAAAUAUUAUGUACAAAU